UCCCCGCCGCGCCGGCCAAGCCGGCUUCCCCUCGGUCUCUCAUGAAUAUUGAGCGGCCCCUGUUGUAUUUCCCGAGCUCCAUUGCGGAAGCCGAGGCUCGCCAUAUUGUGCGGCGGCGCCGGCGGCUUGUGCCCGAGUCUCGCUCCGGACGCGGCCCGCGGAGCCCCGGGUUGGGGCAGGAGCCGCAAUGUCUCAGGCUGUGCAGACAAAUGGAACUCAACCAUUAAGCAAAACAUGGGAACUCAGUUUAUAUGAACUACAACGAACACCUCAGGAGGCAAUAACAGAUGGCUUAGAAAUUGUGGUUUCACCUCGAAGCCUACACAGUGAAUUAAUGUGCCCAAUUUGUUUGGAUAUGUUGAAGAACACCAUGACUACAAAAGAGUGCUUACAUCGUUUUUGUGCAGACUGCAUUAUCACAGCCCUCAGAAGUGGCAAUAAAGAAUGCCCUACCUGUCGGAAAAAGCUAGUUUCCAAAAGAUCACUAAGACCAGACCCAAACUUUGAUGCACUCAUCAGCAAAAUUUAUCCAAGUCGUGAUGAGUAUGAAGCUCAUCAAGAAAGAGUAUUAGCCAGGAUCAACAAGCACAAUAAUCAGCAAGCACUCAGUCACAGCAUUGAGGAAGGACUGAAGAUACAGGCUAUGAACAGAUUACAGCGAGGUAAGAAACAACAGAUUGAAAACGGUAGUGGAGCAGAAGACAAUGGAGACAGUUCUCACUGCAGUAACGCAUCCACGCACAGCAAUCAGGAAGCAGGACCUAGUAACAAACGGACCAAAACAUCUGAUGAUUCCGGGCUUGAGCUUGAUAAUAAUAAUGCAACAGUGGCAAUUGACCCAGUAAUGGAUGGUGCUAGUGAAAUUGAAUUAGUAUUCAGGCCUCAUCCCACACUUAUGGAAAAAGAUGACAGUGCACAGACAAGAUACAUAAAGACUUCAGGUAAUGCCACUGUUGAUCACUUAUCCAAGUACCUGGCUGUGAGGUUAGCUUUAGAAGAACUUCGAAGCAAAGGAGAAUCAAACCAGAUGAACCUUGAUACGGCCAGUGAGAAGCAGUAUACCAUUUACAUAGCAACAGCCAGUGGCCAGUUCACCGUGUUAAAUGGCUCUUUUUCUUUGGAAUUGGUCAGUGAGAAAUACUGGAAGGUGAACAAACCCAUGGAACUCUAUUAUGCACCCACAAAGGAGCACAAAUGAGAUUUUACUAAAACCAGUUCUGAGAAUGAACUUUUUUAUAGCCUAUUUCUUUAAUAUUAAAGAUGUACCGUCAUUACUUUUAUGGACAGAACAUUGGAUAUGUUAUUCAGUUUUCUUUCUGAGCCAGAUUCGUUUACACUAUUAGAAUUUUUUCCCCUUAAUUUAAGAUCUCCUUUUUGGAAGGAACUGCAAUUAUUCAGUACUUUUUCUUUCCUUUAAAAAGUAUAUCUAAAUUGUAUGUUUUCACAAAGUGUGGUUCCGUUUGGAGCAUCUUGGAACUUUUGACCCAGGAAUUUUUCAUAGUUCAGUAUUCUUGAGUGAAGAUUCAGUUGGCCAUCUUUCUCCCUCCCUUCAAAAGUUUUUUAGGCCUACAGAAUGUUAAAUAAUAUGUAUUCUGACUUUUUUUCCUGGAGUCUUGUAUAUUUAUAGUUUUCUAUAUAAGCUGUAGUAUCUUCAUGAAGACCAAGGCUCAAAUUUACUGUGCUUAAAAAACAAUUCUCAUAGGAUUAUUAUUUUCAUGGUAUUUUCUUCCAUAAUAUCUCAUUUUUAAAGAAAAGUUCUUUAUGAACUUAGUGUCCCAUUGUCAUGCAAUGUUAUUUUCUUCCAUUUUUGUCCCUCUAAAUUUGGAAUUUCUGAUCCUGGGAAAGAGAACCAAACAAGAUCUCAAGUUCUGUGAGAACUUGGUUCAUUCAUAGAUUUCAUUGAAAAAAGAAAAAUUAAAUUGUUCUUAUGUAGUCUUCAAGUGUGUAUUUUAAAGUCUUUUUCUUUGUAUUUUAUUGUCACCUCAUUUCCUUUAUUAUGUGUAUGUUUUUUCCUAUUAAAAUACCAGAGACAUGGAGAUAUUUUGCACUUUAGCCUUGAUGAAAAGUACAAGAUAUGUUCAAAGCUUCCCUAAUUCUUUUCUUAUUGGUAGCUGCAUAAGUUUCAAAAAUAACAUGGCACAUAGAACUAACACUAGGGAAAAUUUGCUUCUGUUUGGAAAGUGUGUUUAGCAUUUUGGGUUGCCAUAUCAGUUUAUAAAUUUGGUGCUCUGCUAAUUACACUGUAUCUAGAGAAGCAAGCUAAUGGAGCUUGAACCCUGCCUUGAUGUGUAGUGAAAGAUAAUUCUGUAGAAGAAUGUCAGCCAGAAUGUUAAAGUCAUUCUAUUCUUCUUAAUUUAGUUUUAUAAUGAAGGACAGUGUGUGGUGUUUGGACCCAAAAGGCUUUAUCAUUACAGGUCAGAAAUAAGAUUGACUUGUGUUGUUAUUUUUUGUCUCUGUCCUGAUUUCAGGUAUGUUUCCAAGUUUCUAUUAUCACAGUAUUUAUGAAAACAUUUUUGCAUUGGGAAAUUAACCAUAAAAGGUUUUUACCAGGGGAAAGUUACCCUCCAAUACCAUUGUAACUGAAAGCCUGUCUAGUCAUUGUAAAUAUUUACCUGUCAUUUUUGACAGAUUGGGGCCAGCUUGAUGUUUUAAAUAUUCACCCCAAUAUGAAAACUUAACAGCUUGUUCAAUUUUUUACCAUUUUAUUGAAAAUAUUUAAAAUCUGUUUUUACAAUUUUUUUCUUUUUGGGUAAUCUGUGCCAUGAAGUUUGAAAACCACCAAAUAUCAAGGAAAAUUUUGUAUUCAGUUCCUUUUCUGGUGUAAUGUUAAAUUGUAUAGAUUAUUAAUGCAUGUCCGCUGAAUAUAACCCUGGUUUUGUGAUAUAACUGCUUAGAUUUUAUUGGUGACAUUAGAUUAGUGGUUGCAUUAAACAACUAAAUUUCCAUUGUGCUUAUUAAUUGACAUUUGUCUUUAAGCAAAAAGUUAUUUGUGAAUAUAAGCUUUGUGCUUAGAGAAUGUAUGUGUUUUUAUCCAUCAGUAUGGGAGGAUAUAAAUUCUUUGCAUCAUUAGUGAAUUUACUGGAUGUGUAAUCCUUUGCAAAAUAUAAUUACAGGUAUUUGAUAGA